AUGGACAUCGGACUCGCAGGAAACGUGCACCUUGGCGGUGGCAGCGUGUGUCAUAGCGAGGGCGCGUAUAUCGCGGACGGUGUGAGUUACUCAUCGAAUCAGCACCACAGCGGCGCCUCACCCUGGCAGGGACACCAUCCGCCCGCCUAUGGCGGCUCCGUGCCAGUUGCACCUCCCCCGCUUCUGCCUCCCCCGCCUCCUCCUCCGCUACGGCUCGAGCUUCCGUGGCAGGCGCAAGCGCAACCUGCGCCGUACCCCGCGCAGCAAACGCAGGGACAGCCCGCGGGUAGCCAUGGCCAGUACAACGCUGUACAGCACAUGCAGGUGACGCAGCCGCUUGCGUACCAACAGCCCCAAAUGCAGCAGCCACAGCAACGGCAACCGGCGCAGGAGCCUUCCCCCGCUCCCGUGCAGCAGCAUUACUACCCGCAGGAGUACUCGCAGCAACAGAGCUACCAGUACGUGGAGCAUCGACAGCAAAGCCUGUAUCCGCAGCAGCUGGGCAGUGCGGCAGCGCACGCGGAAUACACAAGCGCGCCCCCCAUCAUUCCCGCGGAUCCGACAACCCGCCCCUCACCCGAGCUGCUUCACAUCCCCGCGUUCGCUUCCGCGCCGCCGUCAACGCGCCCUGCGGAUGCCCCUUGCCCCUGUUGCCACCGGCGCAACCCCCCCGCCCCGGUAUCCACCGCGCCCCUCGUUUAUAACUCCCUUCCUCCGCCUGAGGUUCCGCCUCGUAAUAGCGCACCAAUGCUUUGGGGGGGAAAUGGCGCUCCGCCUGCUUCCCCAGUCAUCAGCGCGGCACCUACGGGGGGAACAGCGGAAAGCGCAUACGCGGGGGAGAGCGGAGCAGGUGUUGGCGCAGGGUCGUGCGGGCAUCCUCACUACCCUUGCGGGAGCAGAUGGACUGGCGGACGCGGACCCGCGGGGGGGGCGCUGGCGGGAUGCACUGGCGGGGGGCAUGCGUGCAGUCACGGCUGUGCGCAGGGGUACAUUUGCGCAACGUAUGAGACGCAGCAGCAUCCCAUGUACGAGGAAGGCGCACGCGGUCGUGUAUCGAGUCAGGUGCAUCCGCAAAGCUCAGCGCUUCCCCGGGUCGUGCAGACAGCCGCAUGGUUCCCCUCCCCCGCCGCCGCGCAGGCGCAACGUCACCGCAGCGUUCCUCGCGUGCUCCUUUCCCCCAGCUGCUGGACUUACGGCGAUCAGCGCGCGGGCCCCGCGGCGGCGGAGCAUCCCGCGGAAGCCGCCAUGCAGCAGCCGCGAAUUGGACCGGACAGGCGCGGGUAUAACCAACGUGACGCGGUUGUAGUCGCAAGCAGCAGCGGCAGCGGCGCGGAUUCGGACAGCUGCAGCGGCGACGGCGACGGGAACGGUCGUUGCGCGGGCGUGGUGUGGCCCGUUACGAGCGACGAGAUGAAAGCCACGGUGGCGGAAAUGUCCGUGGCGGUUCUUGGGGGGCAGAUGAACGGGCAGGUGAACGGGCAGAUGGCAGAGUCAGAGGAUAUGCGUAAGCCGGCGAGAAAGAUCGAAGAGCUGAAGGGUGGGGAGCUUGCGAGAAAGAGAAAGAGGGAGGAGGUGUGCGGGGAAGCAGGCAUAACGAGCGAGAAAAGCUAUCAGCGUGCGAAUGCUGUCGCAUGCGAAGCAGGAGGGGUCGCAGCGCCACCGUCAGCGAAGACCGAACUGGCGGAUUGCGACAUGGAGGCUGUGGAGCUAAUCCUGGCCGUUGCUCACCAGCUGCGCGACGGGAAGGAGUCGCAGGCGACACAGCAUGCGACUGAGAGCGGGAGGGAGGAGGAAGGCGUGCGAAAGCUGGACGAGGAUAGAGGCGCGGAGGGUGAGGAGAUCGAGGGCAAGGGCGAGGCGGGGAGCGGUGGAGGAGCAGCAGGUGCGACUGCUGAAGCAUCUAGAGUUUCAGAAGUACCAGCUGCAGCGGCGCCAGCAGCAGAAGACGACAAGCAGAGAGUCCCGGCGUGUUCCUCUGGUCCUUUCCCGCCUCUGCACCCCGUGGGUGCCACCGUGCAUAUGGCUCCUGCGGGGCCGCACGGCUCUCACACUCACACUCCCGUGUCUCUGUCUUCCAGCUCCGACCGUGACUGCACGGGAUGCGGCCACAGCAAGCCUGGCGCAUGGGGCUUUGCUAUGGGGCCCAGUGGUGGGUGCGGGGCUGGUGGGUGUGGACGCGUGGCUGUCGCUCCUCCCCCCUCUGCUCCUGCUCCUGUGCCUUCCCCCGUAGUUGGUAUGUUAGGCAUUCCUCCCCGCUCGUCCCCCCGUGGAACUGCAGCUCCUAUUCCCCUGCUCGCCAUGCCAACCGCCCUCGACCUCUCUGCACCUUCUGCUCUUCCCGCUCAUGCCGCUCCUGUCACUGCAGCCUCCCCACAGGCGCCCCAGCCUGUCUCCGCAUUCCAGUCCCGGCCUUCCCCACUCUGCCUGCAGCUGUUGCCAUGUCGCCAGCCGUCUCCCUCCCUGCCAUGUGCCCCACUGCAAGCUGCUUCUCCCCAGCAGCCUGCUCUCCGCCUGUCACUGCCCCAACGCCUGAAUACCCAGUCACCACCAGCUCCAUCCCUGCCUCUUCAACGGCCUUCCCCAGCGUCAUCCCUGCCAUCAGCCCGUGCUUCUCUCCUCUCCCUGCCGCCCACCCUUUCUCUCCCCAGCCCGGCUCUUACUAUCCAGCCACGGGCUGCCUAUGUAGCUGCUGCAGCUUCACCAGGGCCUGUCAGCACUGGAAGCUCGCCUGCUCUUGGGGCCAGGGCGCAUUCUACUCUGCUGCGCCUGCCAGGUCACUUGGCUGCCUCCCCUCAACCUCAGCGCGUUUGCUCCCCGUGCUGA